UCACCACCAAACCCCAGAAGAUUUUUCAGCGGUCCCGACUGAACGUGCCAGGGGGUGGAGCAGCUCUUUUGCCUCUGGCCGGGUCAGGGAAGAGGGUCCCCGUUUCUGGAAAUCCUUUCCUGUGGAUAAUGCCUUGCUGGUGAAGAAAGAAAACUUUUGGGUUUCUGGUAGGGGGUGGAGGGGGUAAGGAUAGUGGAAGAAAAAAAGGUAGAUGGUUGGUUUCCCUGUCUGAUCUGGAAGGAAUGAUGACCGAGGAAGGAUGUGCACCAGCGGCCAGAUUAUUGGGAGCCUCUUGGUGCUCUCCGUGCUGGAGAUAGGGCUGGGGGUGUCCAGCGUGGCCGUGGGGGCGGUCAGCUUCAGCCUGGCUCUCCGAGAGCACAAGCCGCAGCUUGGAGACUCGUCCCCGGUAUGGAGCGGGGUGUGUUUUCUUCUUUGUGGCAUUUGUGGAAUAUUGUGCGCCAAAAAAAAAUCAGGACUUGUCAUGAUCCUCUUUUCAGCCUGCUGUAUCUGUGGACUCAUUGGCGGCAUCCUGAAUUUUCAGUUCCUGCGGGCAGUCACAAAGAAAACCUCUUCCCUGUACCCUCUACACCUCGCCUCCAUGUCCCUUGCUUGCAUUGGGAUUGGGGGCUGCACUCUCUCUUCCUGGCUCACCUGUCGACUCGCCAGCUAUGAACAGAGGAGGAUGUUCUCAGAAAGGGAGCACUCUCUGCAUCACUCUCACGAAAUGGCUGAGAAAAGAUUGAGGGCUAUUGAAAUUACCGACUUGCCCAGCUGCCCGGUGGUGCCCCCGACACCAGAGUUACCUACAAGGAAAUGACAGACACCAUGAGCAAUGGAGGACCACAACUGAUAUUUAAUGGGAGAGUAUAAUCAAUAUUUGAAAGAACUGGACACUUUAUAGGAUUUUCAUGAGGCAAGGAAAUACUAUCGAACUAAAAGAUAAAGUUAAGACAAUUACUGCAUUUGCUUUUAUUGCUUCUGAGCAUCCACCAAAAUUAUUCUUCCUCACUUUUGCCUCAUUUAUUUCUUCAGCCUUUUUUAUGGGGUAAGAAACUUUCCAGAAAUGUUCUAGGACAGUACUUUCAAGAGACUUUCCAGAUUGUUCUAAAGAAGACUUUUCAGGAAAAAGUAACAAAUAAAAUAGAAAUAAGAUUCAUAUUCUACAC